AUGAGAACUACAAAAUACAGGCUUCCUUUCACGUGCCCCAAAUGCCAUCUGAUUCCUCCAAAGAUCUGGCAGAUCCUGCUUCCUCAUCCAGACAACCCCGAUACUUCCCCCUUGGAUGCGAAGAACCUGGUCGACACACCAAGUUGGCUUGUGCAAAAUCCGGGUUACGGCUACAUUCUACUCGGCCAGAAGGAGGCCGACGACUUCGUCAACGCGCACUUCUCUGCUGAUGCAAAAGUGUUGGAGGCAUGGCGAGCCUUGAAGGACCCGGCAGUAAAGUCGGAUCUCCUGCGCUACCUCAUGCUUUUCAUCGAGGGCGGUGUAUAUACCGAUGUAGAUACCGAGGCUCUGAAGCCCAUCGACGUUUGGGUGCCUGAGACAUUCCGCGAUCGGGCCAGGGUUGUGAUUGGUAUCGAAUGGGACCAGCUCGACGGUGGAACGUGGGCAGAGAUACCACACCGGCUACAAUUUUGCCAAUGGACCAUUGCCGCCGCUCCGGGCCACCCUCUUUUUAUCAAGAUGGCCUACCAUACCAUUAACAACCUAGAGAGCCUUGCUGCUAAACGCAUGACGACUUUGAACACUCUCGACCUGUCGGGCGUUGAGGUUAUGAUGUCGUCCGGCCCGGCGUCUUGGACAGACGUCGUUCUUGAACAGUUAAAGGAGAUGGACCUGAAUGUGACGGGUGUGGCAGACUUCUCCGGUAUGAAGCCAACUGGGCCAAGGUUGUAUGGUGAUAUCCUGAUCCUCACCAUCGAUGGCUGCGGUAUGGGGCAAUUGCAUUCGAAUAGUACCCACGAUGGUACGAUACCGGAGGCUGCGCUCUUGAAACACAAGUUCCGAGGGUCCUGGAGAAGUAGCGUCUAG